AUGGCAAGCGAAAAUAAAAUAAUAUGGAUGAGCAAGAUUUUUUAUCUGAUAUGUUUGCUGUUCAAUUCCGGAAGAAAUGCUACCCAGAUAAAUUAUUCCCUUCUAGAAGAAUCAAAAACUGGAGUCAUUGUGGGGAACAUUGCAAAGGAUUUAGGGAUUGACCCGGCUUUACUGGAAAACAGGAAUUUACGUAUCGUUGCGGGGACAAAGCAAGAGCUCUUUCGGGUAAAUCAUGAAGACGGCGCUUUGUUUGUGAACCAGAGAAUAGACAGAGAAGAGCAGUGCGCUAAAACCAACCCAUGUCUUAUUCAUCUCAAAGCAGUGAUAGAAAAUCCACUCGAAAUGCACCAGAUAUCAGUUGACAUUAUCGAUGUCAAUGAUAAUCCACCGAGUUUUUUAGACGAAAACCAUAAAUUGGAAAUACUUGAAUCUGCAAUGACAGGGGCACGAUUUCAGUUAGAAACUGCGCACGACCCGGAUAUAGGCUCAAACGAUUUGCAGUCAUAUAAACUGAGCCAAAAUCUUUAUUUUCGUUUAGAAACGGAAGACAUGGGAGACGAAGGUAAGAUUCCUGUUCUAAUUUUACAAAAACCUCUCGACAGAGAGAAAAUCGCAAGACAUAACCUAAUAUUAACUGCGACGGACGGUGGCAAGCCACAGAAAUCAACUACUGUAAAUAUUACUAUUGUUGUGUCGGACAUCAAUGAUAAUGCCCCAGUUUGUGAUAAGCAAAAAUACACAGUAACAGUAAAAGAAAAUGCCCCUGAAGGUACAUUUCUGCUGCGCGUUAAUGCUUCAGAUUCAGAUGAAGGACCGAACGGAGAAAUUGAAUACUCUUUACGGAACAAGUUCAGGAACGGAGCAUCUGAGGUUUUUGAUUUGGAUAGUUUGACGGGGGAAUUAAAGAUAAAAGGUGGGCUAAAUUUUGAGGAAAGGCAGGUUUAUGAGCUAAAGAUACUGGCUGCGGAUAAGGGGACCGUAUCUUUGUCUACACAGUGUAAUGUGCUUGUAAAUGUUGAGGAUGUCAACGACAACCGGCCUGAGAUUGACGUCACUUCAGUGUCCAGCCACAUUUCGGAGGAUGCGCCUCCUGGGACUGUCGUAGCUUUGAUGGGAGUUACAGACCUGGAUUCAGGUAUGAACGGAAAGAUGGUUUUCUCUCUGCCUAAGGAUAUUCCUUUUGACCUCAAGCCGUCGCCUGAUGGAAACUUUUAUUCUUUGGUAACUAAAGAAUACAUUGACAAAGAAUCGAAAUCGUCUUAUGAUAUCACUAUAACAGCCAAAGAUUUAGGAACGCCGUCCUUAACGUCAACAAGAUCAAUUCACGUCGAUGUCACUGAUGUUAACGACAACAGCCCCACAUUUGCUCAAAGUCCAUAUACAUUCUACGUGGCUGAAAACAACAAACCAGGAAUUGCCGUUUUCUCAUUGAGUGCAGUUGAUAUAGAUGAAGGUGAAAACGCACGUGUAUCGUAUUCAAUUGAUCGAAUGAAUUCAGACCAAAGCAUGACAUCUUUCCUGAGUAUUAAUGAGGCGAAUGGUACCGUUUACUCACUGAGGAGCUUUGACCCCGGGCAGUAA